AUGCCGCGUAACCUCGCGAGGCUGCGCUUCAGGGCACCGAAGCAGCUGCGGCCGCUCAACAUUGCCCGCAUACACCCCGAAGACCAUGGCACCCUCCACCGCAGACUCCGUGGUCAUGCCCUCGAACUUUCCAAGCCGCAGACGCCCCUGAGCCUGCAAAUCGUCGUCAAUCCGAAAUGGAAACAGCAGCCUGGCAAGAAGCCGUUCCGAAUGUCCUACAAGCCGCACACAUUGAGGGACCUGGUCGAUCCUGAGGACGCGGCGACGCAUGGCCAGAUCAUCUACGUCUUCGCCAAUGUCAAGACAGGUCAGGUCAUUUACUCGCUCAACGAGUUGCUUGAUCAAUACCACCUAGAGCAGCUUCCCUUCCUCGGCAAGCACUCCAAACCGCCCACCAUCCGACCCGACGAGUGGACCCCUCACUGCGCUAUCACCUUUCCUUUCGCCGAGCAAGGUCUGCAGGCCUUCCGCAAGCUUCGCGAGUUCCGCCACCUACACGAGACAUCUUGGGACAAGACAAACCCAGAGUGGAUCAGGUUAACGGCCCACGCAAGAAUGAGAAAGAUCAUGGACCAGGUCGCAAACACCAGUGCAGACAUAGCGGAAGUAUUGAACGUUCAGCAGCACCAGUCAGUGGAGAUGCGGAAAAAGGCUAUAGAGCAGGAAAAGAAGUCACUCCGCCUGAUGAAAACAAUGUGGGAUGAGGCUGAGGCUUUGAUCAAGGAUGACAGAGACGCCAGCAAUCCGAAGUGGUUGGAGCAGCAGAUCAAAAACCUUGAAUGGCAGCUUGGGACUAAGCGCAACCGCGACGAGGCAGACACAAAGCGGCUCAAUGAUGCGAAGAAGGGCCACGAGGUCCGCUUACGACGGGUUUUACGGGCACGGAAGAACAUUGAGGGAUUCAACCAAAUCCGGGUCGACCCAGAUUUCAUAAAGAUGCAGGAGGAACACGUGGCCCAAGCUGCACCAGCCAGGGGGACCGAUGUCGAGGCGAGGAUAGAUGAGUUAAAAAAAGAGAUUGCGCUAGAAAGAGAUCUUACUAAGGUUCUGGAUCGGUCAAUCGAGGACAUUGAGCAAACGUUGGGCGAGAAGCAAGCCGAGCUCACGGAGCUGGAAGAUGCUUUCAUCGCCAGCUUACGAGCUGACGCCCUAGACCACCCCGUAACCCGCUCUAUCCUGCCCCCCGAACAUCGGAAACAACUUCCGCGGCCCUUCACCAUGGACGUGGAGAUUAAGUGGGCAGACCUUCGCAACGCCGAGUACGCCGCAGGAAACUGGCCUGAGGCUAUUGUCCACGAUACGCUCGAUUUGCGGAAUUCAAGGCAGGAUGUGCAGUUCCUGAAUGCGGAGCAGUACCAUGGAUCCGUUUCGGACGAUGUUCAAGGCAUGCUCAAGAGUCUGGAGAGGCGGGCUUUGGAGGCACAAGGGUUGGUUGAGGAGGCGCCUGCACCAGAAUCGGAAAAGACCGGAGUAUUCAAAUACCUUCCAGAGGUGAAGAACCCGUUCAAGCGGGCGGAUGCAUAG